AGUUCCCUUCGUCAGAAAUGUUCCUGUGACACCUGUCAGGUGUGUUCAAGAAAAGAAGUUUACUUCCUCAAAAUAUAAACACACACACACACACACACACACACACACACACACUUACAUGUAUUCUGUAUAGACCACUGAAUCUCAGUCAGAGAUUUCACUUCCCGUUUCUGUGAAUGUGGCCGGUGGCGCUCUGACAGCAGCUCAUUGCAGCAGCAGCAGCUCUCUGUGCACUUCUUUGAGGAUCGUUGAAAACAGCGGAGAUGUGGAGCUCGGUGCUGCCCCUGCUGGUUGCUCUGAGUCUGCUGCAGCUUCCUGACUACACCGCCGCCACACAGGACUGGCAGGACUACAAAUAUGGCCGCCAAGACUCCGCUGAGCUGCACGACAAAAAGCACUUCUGCUCCUGGAAAUGUCUCCUGUUCACGCUGCAGUGGCCCGGAGCCUUCUGCCAGUCUUUAGAUGAAGAGACUCUCUGCAGAAUUCCUCCGAGUAUCAACAGCUGGACGAUCCACGGUCUGUGGCCUGUUCGGGCGUUCCGUUGCUGCAAAUGCUGGCCGAUGUUCCAGUCUGACGUCCAGGAGCUGGAGGCAGACCUGACUGAACACUGGCCGUCCUUACUGCAAACUCAACCCAGCUUCCACUUCUGGAGAGACGAGUGGGAGAAACAUGGUGUGUGUGCAGCGUGUGUCGAAGGAAUGAACUCUCCACUCAGAUACUUCCAGAUCUGCCUCAAACUACGAGGACACUUUGACAUCCACAAGUUGCUGGAGGAUGCUGGAAUCACUCCGAGCUGUGAACGGCUCUACAAGGUUGCCGAGGUUCGUCAGGUCCUGGCUCCACAUCUGGGAGACAAACAUGAGAUCCAGUGUGUUACAGACGACAAGGAUCGAGAGCUGUGGUUCAGUGAAGAUCCUCUCUCUCACACACUUAACCACCGGCUGCGAUCACACGGCGACGCCGACUGGGACGUAGCGUCCGGGCGCAGCAAAGGAAGAAGGAACAUCUCCGACAGGCAUCCGUGCCCUCCGCAGGGAGCCUUCUACUAUGUCCCCAUCGACCAUGAGCAGCCGCGGCGGCCCUGCGGCUAACAGCCAACGCAGCCAACGCA